CGUGGCAGUGUACGUCAGAGUACGGCAGAGAUCUCAAAUGUAUGGUCGUAUUGUCACGUAGCUGUGUAAUGAAGUAAAGAGUAGCAAUUGAGGUUCAAUGUUUGCGGUUGCUGUUAGUUAAUUCACUGGUAAAACGAGCGUACUUCCAAAGGCUGUGCUAUGUCUGGACAGUGGGAAGUUGUUGGAAAAAGUAAACAGAAACAAAGUGGGCAGUCAGCAAAAAAAUUAUCCAAAAGUGAAAGAAAAAAGUUUAUUGAAAAUGCACCGAAAGUAGAAGAUAUACUUCCUUUAUCUCAAGUUAAAAGUCUGUACACAGCACUGGAUAACAACAAAGAAAACCAUAAACCCUUAGGCAAAGAAAUGAAUUUUAAAGAAAAUGAGUCGAAAAAAACACAAAAGAAGCAACCAGAGAAAAAAAAGGAAAUGAAAGCAAAACCACCAACUCCAAAAUCACUGGAAAUGGCAGUAAGAUUGAUCGAUGUAAAAGAACUUACACGUGAACUAGAGAUUGGUCAGGCCCGUUUCCAGGAAGCACCAGUGCUAUGGCUGAAAGGAUUAGCUGAAUAUCUGAAUGUUAAACUAGAGCAUAGUAAUCCUGUAACUAUUCCAAAAAUUAGUGACUAUCCACUGUGUGUGCUCUCCGGUGAGAUUCGGGAUAUCCUGAGACGGGCUGUGAAGGACGCUGGAGAAGCAUCUACCCAACACUUUUUCUACAUCUGUCUUGCUGACAUGGCCGAUGACAUGAUUAGAGGUAGUUCAUUAAUACAUGGAUACAAAGUGAUGCUGCAGCUCUUAGCAUUCCAGAAUCCUAGCAUUACGACCUCAAACAUUCAGAAAGUGACAGCACUUCGCAACUCAUACCAAAACCGUCAGUCUGUUGGCCUAACCAUUCUUUGGGCACUGGGUCAGGGAGGAAUGAAGGAUAUACAGACUGGUUUGAAAGUGUGGUUGGAUGUGAUGGUACCUAUGAUGGACAUGAGAAACUACACAAGUUUUGUUGUCGGCUAUCUUAAAGACAUCCUCACCUUCAACCCACAAGGCAAGCCAGUAAACUGUGAACAGUUUUUUGCUGUGUUGGAUGUUAUCCAUUCUCCAACAAGCAACCUACCCAAUAAUGUUCGACAGGAGUUAGUUAAUCUCAGUCCAGCCCUUAGGGUUCAGGCACUAAAAGCAGACAGUGAGAAGAGGUCACGUACUUUCUUUGAACCCCUUCUCCUAAGGCUGCAGCCAUCAGCAUCCAAGAUGCUCAGAGAAGAGCUGUUGGCUUGUUUGAUCAUAUGUCUAAAUAGUGAUCAACAUUGCUACAGUAUUUGGAGGCAGCUGUACACUAAGCAUCUCCCACAGUCAGCAGUUUUACUUGGACACAUUGACAAUCAGUGGAGUGCUAUUAAGGGACAGAUGGUUGUGACAGUACUCAGGGAGACACUUUCUACAUUCCAAGUAACCAAUGAAGAACUGAGGAAAGGCAAACAAAAGGAUGAAAAACAUUUAAUACAUUGCCAGCAUUCCUGUGAGGAACUUCUAAAGAAAAUGACUGUAUCAAGAACAUUCCCGUGGAAAACUGGAAAUUUUCUCUUGCUAUUGGUGAUAGUUGGACUUCUGGCAUAUGACAUCAGGAAGCAUGGAUCAUUCCAGUCAUCAAGUACAGGCCGCUUUCUGAAUGACAUUGGCGCUCUCCAGUAUGGUGAACAUGCAUGGGCAAAAACAAAAUUUUAUUCUAAUAAAUCUUAUCGUUGGGCUGAAGAAAAUAUUCCACAUUAUUACAAGACAGUUGGUGACCAUGCCAAACCAUAUAUGGAAUUGGCAUGGGAUGUUUGCUUGAUAGUAGGUCACCAGUUGCACAACAUGUAUGGAAAUAUUCAUGCAUAUGUCGAGGAAAAGGCACCUACAGUUAUUGAAUGGAUUGACUUCCAUGCUCCAUCAUUAUUGGAUAGAGUGAAGGUACAUUCCACUGAAGCCUGGGAAUUGAUAAAGCAAAAUGCUUUAAUUCUGUGGCAGUUUUUUCUUCGUUACUCGGACAUGGGAAUUGAAUGGCUCAAAACCAAUGUUUUUGUUGGUAACUUGUCUCCAGAGAAUCUUCAGAAGUACUCUAUGGAAGCACUGAACACCACACAGGUCUACGCUGCAUGGACAUACGAUUGGGUUCGUCAAAAAGUGCAAACAUUAUCAAAGAUUCAGUGACUUAGAGUGAGGUGGGGCUCUUUGGUUAUUAAAACUUCUAGACAAUAUUGCCCCAGUCUUAUUUCUCAGAUUUAAAGUAUCAUAAGAACACAAUGCAUUCAGGUGAAUAUAAUUUUCAUUUUAUAGAUAUAUGCAUGAUUUUAAAGUAAUACUGUGUAGGGAACUUGUAGGUUGUACUGUAUAUUGGAAGCUAAACAAGGUUAAUGUAAUUAUAUACAUACAUAUAUGUGUAAAUGUUGUAGUUAUACAAAUGGUUUUUGUCAUUUAGGUGUAUUAUUGUUUGUGUGAAGGCAGAAAAAAAUACAUGAAUGCCAAUACCCACUGUAUUCCAUUUAAUGUGAGGUGAUGUAAUAUGCAGUUUCUUUUUUGUGAGAAAUAAAGCCUUUUAUUUA